CGUGAAUUGGUGAAUUCACCAUCAGGACAGUGGCUCUAGAUGGAAAAGAAAUCCAGGGACGAGAUAAUAAUAGAUCUAUAACGAAUCCAACUUUUUAUUAUUCUAUAUUAACAGGAAUGAUAAAUCUACAGCAAGAACAAGGUCAGGUUUGAUUAUGAGGUUGAUAUUGAGGUCAAACAGUAAACUACAUCAGACAGUAACUCAGGAGAAUCGGUGAAAUCGGUCAAGAUGGAUGAACAUAACCACCCUCUGAAAUAUAAACAUAAAGGAAGAACAGAUAACCAUUCGAAAAGACAUCAACUGAAAAAAGCUAGGCCUAUUGAAAUUGAGGAUAUUCCUUUAGAUUUUUUGGAUGGUACACCUGGUAAUAAGGAUGCAGUGUUGAAUCAUUCAGAUUUACCUCAGUCUAUAUCAACCAGUGCUCUAUUAGGAGAUGAAGCUAUGGAUGAUCAAUUUUAUGCUGAGGUAGCCCAGAAAACACAGACUCAUAUGCUUGGUCGUCAAGAAGCAGAGCUGGAAGUGGUAAUAGACAGGUUAAUAGCUAAAGCAGGAGGAAGAGAUACAGCUCUUUUACAUGUGGUUACCCAGUCUCCUGUUGAGCUAAAGGUUGUGCUUUUGAUAACGGCUUUACUUCAUAAAGGUGCCAAUCCAUCACCUAGUGACAGUGAAUUGAAAACACCGUUACAUCACGCAGUUAAACGAAAUUUCAAGAGUGUUUGUAGCAGAUUAUUGGAGUAUGAGGCAUUACCUCAUAGUCGAGAUAAAGAUGGAAAGAUGCCAUAUCACCUUGCAUUAGAAAAUGGCAACGAUGCCAUAGCUUCUAUGCUUUUGGAUAAGAUGCCAAAUACAACUGUCCGAGCCUUGUAUACUAGUUCCGGUAAAGGACCGUCGGAAUUAUGUCUACAUAAUCUCAUUUCAGCUGAUUUAAAUAUGGAGAGAACGGCACUAGGUGUAUUAGACUGUAUGAUAGAUCCAGUAGGUGAUAGCGGACAUGUUCAAGUAUUUUAUCAUGUAUUAGAAGCAGACGAGCAUGGAAGAUCUCCACAUCAGGAAGACUUCGACAGCACAUCAAAAUCCUGUCUUCAACUUAUGUCUAAAAGAGGGCUUAAGACGUUGGUAUUCCAUGAUGUGGUACGACUACUCAUACGAAGAAAAUGGAAGUUGUAUGCUAGAUUCCGAUUUCAAAUGAACUGUUUAAUGUUUUUUCUGACAUUAAUGGCUAUGACGUACAGUGCUAUCGUGGCCGUUGAAGCACAAGAUCCUGCUGUAUAUAAGGGAGCACUACAUAUUAGUCGUGCUGUGUUUGAAGCAUGGUGGUAUAUCCACGCUGUUCUCACCUUCUGCCUAGAGAUCAACCAAAUGAGGAAGCACAGGUUAGAUUACUGGAAGGACCAAUUUAAUUGGUUAGAUUUUCUGUCAUCCAGCUUGUUAAUUGCUGUAGCACCAUUACGAUUUACACAUCAUAUGGAACAAUGGCAUGUCUUCUCAGUUGGUUAUUUAUUGUGGACGAUAAGGAUUUUCAAAUAUGCUGCUGUAUUUAGACAAACAGGAGCAUACGCUCAAAUAUUAUGGAGAAUUAUAGGGCAUGAUUUUCUACAGUUUUUAACAGUAUUUACUGUAUUUUUGGUGGCAUUCAGUGGUUCCUUUGUAUUGGCCUUAAGGGGAGACAACUCUUUAGUAACACACAAAGAAACAAGUUCAUUUUGGGAGAUAUUGUUCACUGGGAUACGUAUUUUGAUUGAAGGUGAACCGGUUGUUGAAUAUUAUGGACCAAAUGGUUUUAGUACCCUGGGAUGUAUACUAAUGGUAAUCUUUCUAUUUACUUGUUGUGUUGUCUUAUUAAAUAUACUAAUUGCCCAGUUGAGUGAUACUUAUCAACACGUACAACGUGAUGCACAGCGUGGAUUAGAAUUAAAUAGAGCAUGGAUUAUCACCAGGGUGGAACUAAACAGUUUAUAUAUUGGAAAGGGUUUUCGAGUGAAGUAUUAUCAAGAGAAAGAAGACAUCACAAGUCCACAAGAUUUACUGGAGAAAUGGGAAACCCCUCCAUUAAAUGAAAUGAAUAAAAAUAUAAGAGAUAUCUGGGAUGGACUUGACUCACAUAAAUUAAAUCUUAUUACGAUCAGAAACAGAAUGGCUAGACAGGAAUAUAUUCUAACGAGGAUGCAAGAACAGUUGGAUCGUUUGGUUCCAUUGGAUAAACCAGUAUCUCCUAUAAAAUCAAAGGUCACAGCUGAAACGGUGCAAUCACCCGUUGAGGCUGAACCAUCAAUUGGGGCAGAACCAUUAAUUGAGGCAGAACCAUCAAUUGAGGUGGAACCAUCAACUGAGGCAGAACCAUCAACUGAGGCAGAACCAUCAAUUUUCCUGGAAGCAGAAGAUGAUGAGUAAAAAAAAAAACGAUGAGACAUCGGAACUGAAGAUGUUGAUAGUUUUAUUCUUUAAAUCAGUUUUAUUGAUUUUUUUUGUUAUUUUGUUGAAUUGUAUUAUAUACUAGUCAUGGUUUUAAAAGCCAAAUGAAAAUUGUCAUCCUCGGUUACCCAGUGUACUCAUUCCGUUCUACUCCACUAUACCCUGGGUUAAUCUAUGGGGGAGACACAUUUUCAAAUUAUCCGCCCUUGAUGAUUGUGCUAUUUUUAUCGACCAAUCCCAUAAAUUGUUAUUUGAAAAGGAAGUUGGCAAAGGUAAGUAACUCUCAUCGGACAAUGUUAGGAGUUAGCCUAUUCUAAAUGCGUAAUUAUUAACAACCAAUUAUAUAUUAUGUUAAUGAAUACUAGAUGUUCAUAUAAUAAUGUAGGGUCAUUAGGCAACACAAAUAAAAUAACUUGUUUCUCGGGCACCGCCCGCACGCAAAAUUGGUUGCGCGUGCAGUCUAUUUAUUAGUCUUGAUGAAAAAAAAUAAAUAUGUAACGCCCGCCCGCACAUCGACAAGCAAGUCGUAAAAAAAAUAUCCCGCAUGUACCUACAUCCGCCAUACAUGUAUAUCUAUUCAAAUGUAUUAAAACUGAUUCAGAUGAACAUGCUGUCUUUUUUAUCCGAACAAUGGCGAAGUUUGGCAGAUUUGCCUUUUUUAUUGAUAUCGAAAGAACCUCCAUUUUGUAUCACGUGAUAUUAAUUACCUCCCCUGAUAAACUAGAAUUUGAUUCGUGUUAAAAGUCAUUGGCGACAAUAUUUCAAUCAUUCGAUCGUAAUCGGCUCAUUAUUGCCGGCUUCAGUCGGUCCUUUUGAUAAAAUAAUGAACCGUAGAACAGGUUAAUUAAUUAUAGCUAAGAAUACGAUACGAUGACGAUAGUCGUCAUAAUGCAUACCUUAGAAUCUGGGUCAUUAUUAGCACAUUUACGGUAGUUUCGAUAAUCCGGAAAAUAAUAAUUGGAUUACCGAUUUGAUGGUUUUACUGACCAGUUGUUAGUUAGAUUUAAAUAGUCAUUCAAUAUAAACACCGGAUAGAACACCGAAUAUCCUGAGAAACACACCGAAUAUCCCAAGAAACAGUAUUUCCGGCAAUCUCCAAUACCGAUGACACGGUGUGACAAUCAUUGGUUGGAAUUCGGUAAAUAAUUAUAAAUAAACCGGCGAUACUAGAUUUAGUUUUAAAUACUGUUUACCAUGAUUAUUAUUUUUGAUACACCUGGUGAAAGAGGCUUAGUUUUUAAAAAUAUUGUUGUCUUUAUGGAGGGCUAUUACAUAGUCGUAUGGAAUUUUAUUUUAAACCAAUUUCAAUUAUGUGAAUUAAAUAUGGAAAAUUAUUUUCCUUUCAGUCAGUGUUCAGUCUCAGUGUUUUAGUAGACUUGAUAUGUUUUAAGUAUGUACAAUAAAGUUGACACGGUGUGACAUGCAUUGGUUGGAAUUCGGUAAAUAAUUAUAAAUAAACCGGCGAUACUAGAUUUAGUUUUAAAUACUGUUUACCAUGAUUAUUAUUUUUGAUACACCUGGUGAAAGAGGCUUAGUUUUUAAAAAUAUUGUUGUCUUUAUGGAGGGCUAUUACAUAGUCGUAUGGAAUUUUAUUUUAAACCAAUUUCAAUUAUGUGAAUUAAAUAUGGAAAAUUAUUUUCCUUUCAGUCAGUGUUUUAGUAGACUUGAUUUUGGGUUUAUGUUUUAAGUAUGUACAAUAAAGUUGAAUAUAACGGAAAGCAAAAACGUAAACAAGUAAUGACUUUCUCAUUUAAAAAAAAAAAAAAAAAGAAAGACCGCCCUCCCGCCCCAACAAUUUUCAGCAAUAGCCAAAUUUUAUUUUGCACCAUCAAUGAGUAAAAAAAAAAAAGAAACCGCCCUCCCUCCCUACAGUUUCAGCUGUCAGUUGCCCGAGAAACAAGACAUUUAUUUUGUGUGGCCUUAGUUUUAUUUAGAAUCGUUCGUUCGUUCCCAGAAUUUUAUGUCCACGUGAGUACACUGGGUAACCGAGAAUGGAAAAUUGUAUUCUUUUGCAUCUAAUAUUUAGGAGCCCCAAUUUGUGAAGUAAUUUUAUUUUUUUUUUAAUCUCGAUUUCAAGGGCUCUAAAAUAUGUAGUGCCUGGUUUAUUCAUAAAAUUGAUUGUCAGUUGGAUUGAUUCUAAGUGAUUAUUGAUAGGGACAGCCAUCGAGCUAAUGAUAAUAUCAGAAAAACACCCAAUCCUACGUGUACAGUUAAAUAUGUCAUGAUUUUAUUUGUUUAUUUUUAUACGGCCACAUUGAAAUUGAAAUGUGGUCGUAUUUUGUCGUCACCCCCAUCUGUCCGCUGGUUGGUCUGAAGCUGCUUACUGAUUUUCAACGAUUUUCGAUAAUUACCUCUAGAGUUAUGACCCUUGAUUACUUUACGGUCAUGAGAAGAAGCCUGUUGAUUUUCAACAAUCCGAUAAUUACUGCCAGAGUUAUGGCCCAUGAUCACUUUGAAAAAUUUUGUGGACGCUCUGGAGCCUGAAGUUAAUAUCCAAUUGACUUUAAAUUUGUACACAGUGUUUAAGGUCAUGAGAUGAAGGAUCCUAUUGAUUUUCAAUAAUUUCCGAUAAUUACUGCCAGAGUUAUGGCCCUUGAUGACUUUGAAAAAUCUUGUGGACGCUCUGGAGGCUGAAGUUAAUAUCCGGUUGACUUUAAAUUUAUACAGUGUUUAUGGUCAUGAGACGAAGAAUCUAUUGAUUUUCAAUGAUUUCUGAUUAUUACUGCCAGAGUUAUGUAUUAUGAUCACUUUGAAAUAUUUUGUGGACGCUCCAGAUGUUAAAAGUUAAUAUCUGAUUUAUUCACAGUGUUUAAGGUCAUGAGACAAAGAAGCCUAUUGAUUUUCAAGGAUUUCCUAUAAUUACUGCCAGAUUUAUGGCACCUGAUUACUUUUUAAAAUCUUGUGGAUGCUCUAGAGGCUAAGAUUAAUAUCAGAUUGACUUUAAAUUUAUACACAGUAAUUAUGAGACAAAGAAACUUACUGAUAUUCAACGUUUACCAAUAAUUACUGCCAGAGUUAUAGCCCUUGAUCACUUUGAAAAAUCUCAUUUUAGUGUACUGGUAUUGUAAAUGUUUCAUUACUAACAGAGAAAAAAUUUGCGACAACCCUGGUUGACUGCCUGGUGACUUAGCUGCUGUGGGCGUAUGUUUCGUUGCCUGGCAACAUAUAUUUAAUGGUGUUCUCAAUUUAUUUUUGAGCUUGCUUUUAUGCCAUAAUAUCUAAUAUAUAUAUUUAUACAUUUACAUAACAUUUGUACUUGAUUAUGGGUAUUCUCAUUUUGUCUUCAGAUUUUUGAUAUUUUGUUUCAAGUUUCUAUAUGAAAUAUUAUCAUUUGCGUUUAAAAUUUUACGUAAUAUUUAAUUUUUCCCUUGUACUAACAAGAUUAUGUUUAUUUGAUAUCACUAGAGCUGGACUCUCAAUUGUUAACCAGUCAAACAAUUUGUGGAUUUUAAACUGAAUUUUCUUUUUUCUGGAAUAUGAGAGCUAGACUAUAUUUAUUUUGUUUUAAUGAAUGAAUAAAUUGUUAACAUUUAUACCAAUAAUAUCCAUUCAUAAUACAUCUAAAGGGGUGUACUAAAGGGAUAAUUUAAUUAAUCAUCCAUUCAUAAUAUGUCUAGCAUAUCUUUCAUUAAUACUUUUAUAUUGUUUAAAUUGUUUUAUAUCGGAGAAUUAGAAUGAGAUUAAAUCAAAAGUAUUAGUUUUAAUUUAAUAUUAGUCAUAAUUUGAGAUAACAUGAUCAUGUAUUGAUUGAUCAUAUAAAAAUAAUUUAAACUAGUCCUCGAAACAACUUUGAUAGUUUUUAUACAACACAUCACCUAUACAAUAAUUAUAAUAUCUACUAGAUUUAUGUGUAUUGUUGACCUGGUUUCUAUUCAAGAAACUUAAAGAAAAAAAGAAUUGUUAGAAUCCAUUAUAGCGAAAAACAUUUCAUCUGGGCGAAAUUUACUAUUUUUGCGAAGUCUUUUUUUAUUUCUAUUUCCAUUUUGUUUUUGUUAACACAUAUACCAUAAGUGCUUUUUGGCAAUUGUUACUUUUUGUGUAAUAUAUAUUAUUUAGUUGUACAUUUAUUCAAGUUUAUUAAAAUAUUAUUUUUAUGAUUGCAGAUCGGUAGAAAAAUCUCUAUUCAAUCCAAGAAUCUCUUAUCAAAAUUUUGGAAGUUGAAUUCUUACAAAUUUUGGAAGAUUGGGAAGGCAUUUGUUUUUUUCAAAGAUAGCAUUAUCCCAAUUUAUGGAUCAAUUUUUAUGUCUUUUUUACCAUAAUAUUAAAUGUGUUAUGGUUAAUUGAGGACAACAAGAAAUAAUUAUACUGUAUAGAGAACAUUUUGAUUAAUUAGAUAGAGAUUACCAGUACUUUCAUAAAUUUUAAUUUCAUUUUAUAAGUUGUUUGAUAUUUUUCUUUUAAGAUCUAACUUAUCUGUCAAUGUCCCUGGAAAGAACAAUGAUGAUGAUUUUUCAGUUUUGUGUUGAUGUCCAGUUAAAAUAAUUGAUAUUUUUAUAAUGGCUAAUUGAUAUUAAUUUUUCUUUACAUUUGUAAUUAAUUUUUUGUUAUAUCAGUUCUUUAAUCCAAUUUCUUAAUAUACACCCACAUUUUCAUGUGGUUCUAUAUUGUUGUCGCUCAUGUCCAUCCAUCCGUUCACAAUUUGUUUGUGGACACUUUACAAUUUUUAUCUGAUUUUGAGGAAACUUGAAAUAUAUGUUUAUCUCCAAAAGAUCUUGGUUCCUUUCGAUAUUUGUGCAAAUCAGAUCGUAACUUCCUGGAUUAUUGCCCCUGAUUGUAUGAAAAAUCACGUUUUUAGGCUUGUGAACCCUCUCAAGCUCACAAUUUUUAUCUGUUUUUAAAAAAACGUUUAAAUAUAUCACCGUUACACCAUAAUGAUGUUUGAGUUCGAAUUUUGAAAAAUCGGAACGAAUCUGCCUGGCAAAAUGCAAAAUUGACGCUCCUUGUACACAAAUACUGUAAAAGGUCACAAUUUUUAUCUGAUUUUAACGAAAAUUAAAGUAUAUGUUUAUAUCCCAAAGAUCUUGGUUCCUUUAGAUAUUCACAUAUUUCAGACCUUACCUUUCUGGAUCAUGGCCCCUGAUUGUACAAAAAAUCAUUUUUUUCUUAUUUUAGCUUGUUCUCUGUUCAUCUCUUGCAAAAUAUGGGCUUAUCUUGCUUGGUAACCGCUUGUUUUAGUCUGUUCUUGUUUUUAUAUGCCCAUAUUGAAAUGUGGUCACAUAUUGUCAUCACUGAGUUAAUAUCCGUUGACUUGACCAUUACACAUAGUGUUUGCAGUCAUGAGAUGAAGAAGCCUAUUGAUUUUCAGCGAUUUCCGAUAAUUACUGCCAGAAUUAUGGUCCUUGAUCACUUUGAAAUAUCUUGUGGACUCUCUAGAGGCUAGUCGAUAUCUGAUUGACUUUAAAUUUAUACAUUGUGUUUAUAGUCCUGAGACGACGAACCUUAUUGAUUCUUUUAACAAUUUCUGAGGUAUGUCCCUUGAUGACUUUGAAAAAUGUUUCGGAUGCUCUCAAGACCAAAGUUACCAUCCGAUUGACUUUAAAUUUAUACACAGUGUUGAAGGUGAUGAGACGACAAAAUCUAUUGAAAAGAUAAAUUCAUGAUAUUAAAUGUUUUGUAUACUAAACAUUUGCAUGGGGUAGAACUAGAAGCCAAACAAAUUCUAAUAAUUUCUGAUAAUUACUUAAUGGGUUGUUACUCUUAAUCAGAUUUUAGUGUGUUGUAAAUGUUUUCAUUACUGACAAAAGAUGCGACACUCAUUGUUGACUGCUCUCACGCCUUAGCUGCUCUGGGCCUAUGUUUCGUUGUUUAUUUUGUUUUUGUUUUAUUUUUGUUCAUUUGUGGUGGUUAAUGUCUGCUUCCACCUAGGGUGAUAUUGCAGACAAAGUUUUAUUUUCUUCUAGAGUUAGUCUUUUACAGCCUUUGACCUAAAUGGGCACAGAUCACCAUUAAUUACUCUACCCACAAAUAUAGUUCUUUCUCUCACUUACUGUUUUUCCACUCUUUGCGUGGCGUUUUUGUUCUCUUUUUGGUGUAGAAGCAAAGAAAAUAGUUUGAAUUUAUUUUUAUUGCAGUGUUUUCAUGAAUAUUGAUGAUUUUUAGGCAGGAGGAUAACAGAGUUUAGAGGUUGGUUGCAUUGAAAUUUAGGGUGGAUAUUUCCAUAUUAACUACUUCCAGUGUAUAUCUCAAGAUUUCCAUGAUGAACCUCAUACAUGCUUUAAAUUUUUUAGCAUGACAUUACAACAUGCUGCUCCAGCAUUCAUCCCAACAAAGGUCAAAGAUAUGAGAAUAACCAGUUAUCAUGGGGGAUAUCAAUGAUGAUCUGUGGUCAAGUUAUCCGUCAGACAGUGACUCUGUGAAUACCGUCACUGUCUGUGAAUACCGGUUGUUAUAAUAAAGAUUUUCAUGAUUUGUCCAAUUUUUAGUUGACUAUUGUUUUUCCAUGGCUAAUUAUUUACUAAUAUUAAUUGUUCUGUACAUUUUUAAUUAAUGUUUUUAUUACUUGAAUUCAUUUUCUUUUUUUUAAAUUAUUUUUUUGUAAUGGUUUUUAUAUUCUUAAGAGGUAUAAUUCUUAUAAAAGACAUAUAGAAAUAGAUUUCACUGGAAAUUAGAACACUUAUGUGGAUGUACUACUUCUGAACUUUAUUAUCAUGCUACGUUUCAAUACUCAUACAGGUAUCGUUAUCAAACAAAUGGUUGGGACUUAGUCAGAUAAACUUCCUCCCUGAACUAUGUGACUAGCAGAGAAUAUGAGAUUAUACAACAAAAUUGUAAACAGCUUCGAAAAUAGGUGAAAUUAAAUGAAGAUAAGCAUAAGGAUAGGUUUAUAUAUAAUCUAUUAAUUGCAGUCAUUUGAUACGCGGUAACAAGUUGAAAUUGCAUGACUCAUAGAAGAUGGGCUUUAAAAGGCAUUUUACAUUAACUGGUUAUUUUAUUUCCCUUAGAAUUUUUGACAUUGUUAUACACAUUGGGGUUGUUUUUAAGAUCUGAUUGAGCAGAUAAACAAUUGUUUUGGAACUAUUAUAUCCAAUUUCUUUAACUUUUCUUCAAAAACAUUUGUUGUUAUUUACAUUAUUUUUAUAUAUUUAUUACAUAAAUCUUAGAUUUUUGUACAUGGUUUCUAGCUGCAUUAAUUUCUAGUUUUCAAUCAAAUGUUUCAGAGCAACGAAAUCUUUGCGAUUCGAGAUGGUUCUCUAAUUUAUAAAACAGCAUUAUUUUUUUUUAAGGGAUUACGAAAUUGACAUGUUUACUUAAUUACUAUUAAAAUGUGCUUUUUACAAGCAACGUUUGUGCAAAUAUAUGUAGGCUAUUUUUAUGUAUCAGAGUCUAUAUUUGUCCUGUCUCUGAGAAUUUUAAUUUUUAAAAAAAUGUAUGAAUUUUUGUAGAUAUUGUAUUUUUGUACGAUUAAAUUGAAUAUAUAUGAAUGAGCACUUCAAUAAAGGAUUUAGAAAAAAU